UGUUAUUGACGCCAUAUUGGGGCCGGCGGCGGUUGGAAGAGUCGUACAGUGGAGGGGGAAGCGGUUGGACGUGUUCGUUUGAGCUCCUGCUGCCGCAGCCACCUCGUAAUCCCUCCCCAUCGGCCGCCCUUCGGAAGCUUCUGAACGUACUAGGGUCUACUGGAAACCGCGUUCCAGCCUCACACCCCUCUGGGUUGGUAUCUACUUCCGAAGGGAGCCGGUCUCGGCGCAGGAGCGCCUCUGGCGCGGCGCAAAGCUCGAACGGACGGCUGGGGCAGCCGGAGCCUCUUCCCGAGGAGCGGUGCCUGAGGAGGCGGAAGAGCCCCCCUGACGCGGCUGGCGUGCGUGCCGCCACCGCCCCUCGCGUUCUCGCCCGGACCGGCCCUGGCCACUGCCCCUGCCGCGGAGGCAGCGGCGGCGGCGGCACCUCUUUACUCGGCGGGCGCUCCAACACCCACCUGGCUCCUCCCGAUCCCGUCGGCUAGGCUCUCUUAGAGUCCCCGGUCUUCCCCCCUUCCCUCGCCCUCCCCCUCCCCGACCCCACCCGAGCCGGGCGCCUCAGCUGCCUCCGGCCAUGGCGUGCGGAGCCACUCUGAAAAGGACUCUGGAUUUCGACCCGCUGCUGAGCCCGGCGUCCCCGAAGCGGAGGCGAUGUACGCCAUUGUCGGCGCCCACCUCGGCCGCUGCUUCCCCGUCGUCGGCGGCUGCAGCCACCGCCGCCUCCUUCUCGGCUGCGGCCGCCUCGCCGCAGAAGUAUCUCCGAAUGGAGCCGUCCCCCUUCGGCGAUGUCUCCUCCCGCCUCACCACAGAACAAAUUCUGUACAACAUAAAACAAGAGUAUAAACGCAUGCAGAAGAGAAGACAUUUAGAAACUAGUUUCCAACAGACAGAUCCAGGUUGUAGUUCUGAUGCACAGCCACAUGCAUUUCUCCUCAGUGGACCAGCUUCACCAGGGACUUCAUCUGCAACAUCCUCACCAUUAAAAAAAGAACAGCCCUUAUUUACUCUACGGCAGGUUGGGAUGAUCUGCGAACGCUUGUUGAAAGAACGCGAAGAGAAAGUUCGAGAAGAGUAUGAAGAAAUAUUGAACACAAAACUUGCAGAACAAUAUGAUGCAUUUGUGAAGUUUACACAUGAUCAGAUAAUGCGACGAUAUGGAGAACAGCCUGCUAGUUAUGUUUCAUGAAUCAAGUUUUCUGCAAUUGUGGGCUGCCUUAUUUCUUGUUGAGUUGUUGCAGGAGGUCCCAAUUUCAACAUGCAACAAUGCCAAUAUUCCCUGUGAAUGCAGGUUAUGUCAAGCUUUCGUCAGUGGCAACCACUCUUAGGCAGCAGCAACUGGUUUUGGAAAUUUCCCUGAUGUCAGUACCACCUGGAUGUGGACCUUUGCUACCUGUAUUAAUACCAGUGGCCUCACUUUGCUGUAUCAUUACAAUUUGGCUUCUCAUAUUAAUAUGUUUGAAAAGGAUUAAAGCUGGUAUUCUAGAACAUGCCCUUCAUUGGUUGUGUAAAUAAAACUGUAGAAUGACACUUCA